AUGGGAAAUGAAUUUAUUCACAAUUUGGCCAUUCGACCAAGACCAGUGGCCAAUGCAGAUCCACUUCAAAUCAUUCCAUCCGAUAACGAUGUUGCUUGUUUCUGGAUUACGAAUGCCGACAAUACUUGGUAUAAGAACGCUGCUUUGGGUCGACCUCGUAAUCAACCUUUGGGAGGUUUUAAAUUCAAUGUGGCUCACUCUUCGAAUGGAAAUGGUUUUCAUGUGGAUGACAUGGUAAAACCUGAUGGAACGACUGAACUCUCUGGUUUUUCUCCUCGACUGGGACCUUAUCCAAAUCCAACCGUUUCGGGUGUGUCUGUCGAUGCAAUUUUCGAAGGCCUAAUCUCUUACAAAAAUCGUGGUUAUGGUAUUUGGGCUCGUGGUGGUCCACUCGUAUUCAAGAAUUUAACACUUUUUGAUAAUCGAAAUCAAAUGAACUCUCCACCUGGUCCAAGUAUUAUUAUGGACAGUUUAUUCAUUGCUGAGACAGACAAUGUGGGUGAAGCUGGUUAUCGUCCAACGAUUGAUGUGGGUGGUCGAUCUCGUCCUGAUUUCUAUUCCACAGCUACUAAAUUUGUCAUUAAGGGUUAUGAAACCUAUGACAAUGGUGGUCCACAAAUUCUUGUUAAUGUUACUUUUCGAAACUUUAUGCCUGAUUCAUUUAGACAAUCAGGUGCUUUGGGUCAAUUAACAGAUGCUCCUUUCAAACAUCAAACUUUGAAUCGAUAUGUGGGUUUGAAAUUUGAAAAUUCCAAUCAUGCGUUCAUCAUGCCAAAUUAUUUCGAUGGUAAUAAGGGAGCUUGUUUGUUAGAUAUUGAUGGUGCUGCAACUGAACUCACUCCAGGUGGUUGGAUUGUGGCCAACGACAGUAUUUUAUCUCAUUCUGCAUGUGUGAGAAGAGAGGAUUGGAAAGGUUAUGCUUGUCCAGUUUCUUUGGAAGGUUAUGCACAACUGACAGUUGUCAAUAUUGGAGGUCAUUUUGAAACCACAGGUACUUUGGGAAUCAAUCCUCAAUUUAAUAAUCCAUCUGCAAGAAUUCCAAGAAUGAUUACUCAUGAUUUGACAAGACGUGCCAGUAGUCAAGUAUUGGGUGCUGUUUCUUCUGGAACUGUCGAUCACAUCAUGCACAGCAAUGUAAUUUUGAGAAAUUUUUAUGCCAUUCGUUGGGUGUUGAAUAUUCCAACUCCACCAGUUCUUAGAUUUUCAUUGCCAUCAAGUGCUAACAAUGAUUGGGUCGUAGUGAGUGUACAAUAUCCAAGAACUGCUUCUUUAUGGAUUUAUUAUUUGAAAAACAAUGUUCCAACUUCAUUGACAUCUGUCAACAGCCUUUCUGAGAUCGUUAAGGAUCCUACCAAUUAUUAUUUUGACUUUGCUGGUGAGAAUUUAUACUUGUAUUUGAGAAAUAGAGCAGUUGACAAUUAUGAUUUACCAAAAGAUUCUGACAAAUUUGUCAAACUCUACAAUCGUGAGGAUCGAUUCGCUGGUAUUUUGAAACCAAUCGUCAAUGGAGCUCGUGGAAAUGGUGUCGCCUUUGCAACACUACUUCCAAAUAAGCGAACCAUUGAUUUUACAGUUCAUCAUGAUUUGACUUUAAUUGCGACCAAGAUGGAAAUUGGAAUUGGCGAUCCAUCCACUGGUUCUGAAGAACGAUUCAUUUCACAAUUUGGUGUAAAAUAUUCUCCAUUUUCCAUGUCAAGAUUUUCUGCAGACUUGUCAGUCGGUGAAUUGAUUCAUCUCUUGAAAGGACGUCUCUUUGUCAAGUUACACACCACUGAAUAUUCAAAUGGACAUUUGAAAGGUUUCGUUGCAUGCAAUCAAGGAAAGAAUUCCAAAGGUGAAUUCAUGUGUAGUUUGCCAUUGCCAAUUCCAUCCGCAAAACCUUGCGAUCCAUCUCCUGCUGAUUCUCUAAAUAUUUAUUCGGAAUCUGAAGAUAUGGACACUUCCAAGACCAAAUUUGUGGAUCUUCUUCCAUAUUCUCGUUAUCCAGCGAAUUGGAUUGAUUUGGGAGUUUACAAAUAUUAUGAAUUCUUUGUGAAGGUUGUCACUCCUGGAGAGUUGAGAUUGAAUGUUUAUUUCAAAGAAACUCAAAACAAUGCUGCCAAAGAUUUGACAUCUGUGUUCGUCGAUCCAAAAUAUUUUCAACAUUACAAGAUUGAUGACACUCGUGUCACUCGAUUGAUAAUUCCAGUCACUGAUCUUCCAUUCACCAACAAGACUUCACUCAAUGCCAUUCAACGAGUGAGAUGGAUUGUCAAUGGAGGUGUUUACAAGGAAUUCAUAAUUGACAAUGUCAGAUUUGUGAAGGAUACAAGUCGAGAUCCAGUGAAUCCAAAGACGAGUGUGAGUAGUAAGAGACAAGUAAGCAGUGCUUAUGUGAUGAGACCAAUGAUGAUGAGUGUGAUGAUUGUGAUGCUUGUUGUUGCGAUUUUCAUCGAGGUGAUUGCUUAG